AUGGCGACUCAAGACUCACGAAGUAUUCUUUUCACGAAUACAAACCCCCAGCAGGGGUUCCGGCUAUUAGAACUGACCCCAGAAUUGGAGAAGUUGUUGACUUCCAAGGAUGCCCCCGCACUCGAGCUCAAAACCCCCUCUGCUGCUCUAGCCCGCGCCGUGGUCGAUCCCAGUGCCCCGGAGUACGUCAAUCUGUGCACGCCAUCACAAACAUACCGUAUCCGCCAAGUCCAGUCCUCAAACUCUCUUCACAUUCUCCGACCGAGCCUUGGACAGAUCUCAAGGGCAGACAUCAAAGUCGUCGAAGAGGAAGCCGGCGAGACUGGUGCAUUGAAUCUCCCUGAUGAAGCGGUGACUGCAAUUGCGAAAUGCGGAUCAACAUUGGAGCUACAUGUCUCACCAGGGGGGUUCUCUGCAGUCCCCUUUCUGGAGAAGAGUUUGGGUCUAUACGAAAAGCGAACUGGUGACGAUGACGGCGAUAUCUCUAUGGACGAGACUGCAAAUGGAUCCGGUUCAUUGAGCCCAGUUGAGACACGAAAGCUACGGGACCGUGUUUUUGCGGAUAUUCCAGUGUCUUCGGCGCAGUGUGAAGCUGGUUGGACAGGCAUUUGCGCGUUUGUCGACGAGAAACAAGGUGCAUGCUGGAGGCCUUCGGCGCGGAUGCGGCUGAAUGUGUGGAAGCGCUUGAUGCAGGGCGCGAUCUUGCAAGGGAUUGAUCUUGAGAAGCAGUUCCUUGUUUGGGACCUAUGGAAGUCGGUUCUUGACGAUGACGAUGAUUCGGAGCCGCCAUUCCCACGAGCGCUCCUUGAAGCUGUCGCAAGAAGGCUUUGCGUGGCGGACGAAGGGCCGUCAUUGGCUGACGAGAUCAAGUGGGCAAGCUUUGACAAGACCGAGUGUACGAAAUGGGUGGGUGAGACUUAUCUCGCUGCUACAGCACCCACGACAUCAUCGGCCAUCGGGCGGAGUGACUUCCUCCGUGCAUGGAAAGAUUGUCUGCCAGAGUCCUGGAGAGAGGAGGCCACUCUAUCCAAGCUACAGGAGGGCUCAUAUCAGAGCCCUGAUCCUACAACUAUAUGCUUCGUUGUGCCAUCGCUACGGCAGCAAGUCAGUAAGACUUCUGCCGCAGCGCCAGCUGCAGCUGCCAAAGCCAAGACCACCAGAAACUGGCAUGAAUUGCUAAAAAAUCCAAAGCGCCGCUGA